AUGGGAUCUGAAACCCCCGCCGAUUCCUCCUGGACCCCCCAGUCUGUACUAUCCACUUUGCCUUACCCCAUAGAAGAGAACUCUUCCUCUCCGGUUCCCUUUUUCCACCUCCUCGAACGACUGAAGACCACAAAGCGCGAAGGAUGGCGCCGAUUCAACAUCAACAACGGAGAGUCAAUCUCAGACCACAUGUACCGCAUGUCAGUGAUGACCAUGCUCGCCCCGCCCUCUCUGGCCACUCGCCUCAACCUUCAACAUUGCAUGAAGAUGGCCCUUGUUCAUGAUAUGGCCGAAUCGCUUGUCGGUGACAUCACCCCCGCCGAUCCGAUCAAAAAGACCGAAAAGGCCCGUCGCGAGGCCGCUGUGAUGGAGUAUAUCGCCGGGACCUUAUUGCGCGGUGUUCCAAGCGGAAUGCUCGCUGGGGAUGACAUCCUUGCCGUCUUCAACGAGUACGAAGCGAACGAAACGCUCGAAGCGCAAUUCGUCCACGACGUUGAUAAGAUGGAGCUUCUGUUGCAGAUGGUUGAAUACGAGCGGAGCCGCGAAAUUGAUUUGGCAGAAUUCUUGAAUGUCGCAAAGAAGAUAUAUCUUCCUGAAAUCCAAGAAUGGGCAGCGACUGUGCUGAAGGAGCGGGAGGCGCUCUGGAAGACAAGAACAUCCCAGUCUACGAAUUAA